AUGGCCAACGUGGCUCGCUCGAGACGUGGCAGUCUACUCCUGAUCGACGGCGUAGCGCAGUCAGCAGCAAUACCGUUCCCUCCUCGACCAUUAGCAGAAAACACAGGCCACUCCGACGAAAAAAAGAAGUUUGCCAGCAGUUGGCGUGCGCCGCCCGGAAUCGUCGUUAUGAAGUUCGGCGACCAGCUGCGGUCCAGCAUCAUUCGCGAGUAUGAAUGGUCCUAUCUGGACUACGAGGGCCUGAAGGACAAACUGCGGACGCCCAGCGGACCGCUUGUUGCAGUCGACGCAGCCGAACAGCAAGUGUCAGCGGGCGACAAUGGCGGCAAGAAGGCGGCGAAAAAUAAGAAGCAGCAGCAGCAGCAGCAGCAGCAGCAGCAGGUAUUUCCACAGAUGCGGCGGGAAUGGACCGAGGAAGACGAGGCCGGGUUCGUGACAGUGCUGGAGAACGAGUUGGAGAAGGUGCACCAGAAGCAGCAGGUGAAGGCCAUCGAGAUCCAGCGGAUGAUUGCGGUCAGCGAGCGUGAGGUCAACGAUGUGGUCAACCGGUUGCGCGAGCGUGGUACUGGGCCGGGGCCAGCCGAAGAGGAGUUUAUACUGCUCGAGGAAGACCUCAGCGACAUCAUUGCCGACGUGCACGACCUGGCCAAGUUUGUGCAGGUCAACUACACUGGCUUCUACAAGAUCAUCAAGAAGCACGAUAAAAUGACGGGAUGGCACCUGCGGCCAGUGUUCGACACGCGAUUAAAGGCCAAACCGUUCUACAAGGAGAACUACGACGCGUCGGUGGUGAAGCUGUCAAAGCUGUACGACCUGGUGCGGACACGCGGCAACCCGGUGACAGGCGACAGCAGCGCGGGCGGGUCGCAGGCGAGCUUCAUCCGCCACACGACCAAGUACUGGGUGCACCCGGACAACGUGACGGAGCUGAAGCUGAUCAUCCUAAAGCACCUGCCGGUUCUGGUGUUCAAUGCGAGCAAGGAGUUUGACCAGCAGGACUCGGCGAUCACGUCGAUCUACUACGACAACCCCGAGAGUUGGGACCUGUACGAGGGCCGGCUGAAGAAGACGGAGGGAGCAGAGGCGAUCCGGCUGCGGUGGUACGGCGGGAUGCGGACGGAGACCAUUUUUGUGGAGCGCAAGACGCACCGAGAGGACUGGACGGGCGAGAAGUCGGUCAAGGCGCGGUUUGCGAUCAAGGAGAAGAACGUGAACGCCUACAUGCGGGGCGAACUGCUGCCAGCGGCGAUCUUUGAGAAGGCGCGCAAGGAGGGACGCAAGUCGAAGGCGGCGAUCGCAGAAGACGAGCGGCUGGCAGCCGAGGUGCAGUACUCGGUGCUGAAGAAGGGGUACCGGCCGGUUUGCCGGUCGUUUUACAACCGGACGGCAUUUCAGCUGCCGGGCGACGCGCGUGUGCGAAUCUCGCUGGACACGGAGCUGACGAUGGUGCGGGAGGACAACCUGGACGGGGUGCAGCGAUCGGGCGAGAACUGGCGGCGAAUGGACAUUGGGAUCGACUAUCCAUUCUCACAGCUGCCGCCGGCCGACGUGGAGCGGUUUCCAUACGCAGUGCUGGAGGUGAAGCUGCAGACACAGACGGGCCAAGAGCCGCCCGAGUGGGUGCGGCAGCUGAUCUCGAGCCAUCUGGUGGAGGCGGUGCCCAAGUUUGGCAAGUUUAUCCACGGCGUGGCGACGCUGUUUCCGACGCGCAUCCACCUGCUGCCGUUCUGGCUGCCGCAGAUGGACGUGGACAUCCGCAAGCCGCGGUCGCACGACUUUGGCAUCCGGCGAACCGGACACUCGGCGACGACAGUGACGUCGGAGUCAGACGACGAGGACUUUGACUCGGAUGACGAAGACGACAGCAACGAGACGGCGGUGGUGUCAACACGUCGGCAGGUGGGAAACGGAAACGGCAGCAGUUCGCAAGCCGACGCGAGAGUGGACGUGGAGGACCAGACAGCCGACGGAAGUCCAGGCACGGCGACAGCUGGUGGCAGCGGACUGCGGGAUCCGUAUCCGGUGUACGAGUCGGAGGACGAGGAGGAUGGCGAAGAGGAUGGCGAAGAGGACGGCGAGGCAACGGCGCUGGAGGAGGCACGGCGUGUCGGUGGCUGGACGUACUGCUCGGCACUGCUGUCAGCGUAUGGACGAGCAGCUGGCCGGAACGCGGCAGCAGUGGCUCAUGCGCUGGUGCCACAUCCACGUGGAUCGGCCAUCCCGCAGAACGAGCGGCUGCGGCAGCUCUUUGGCACGGCCGACGUGCAGACGAAGCGGUUUCGCGCGCCCAAGGGCAAGAAGAUUUACGUUCCUGUGCGGGUCGAGCCCAAGGUGUAUUUUGCGGCAGAGCGGACCUUUUUAGGAUGGCUCGAAUACUCCAUCUACAUUGGCACAAUCGCGGCCACGCUGCUCAACUUCGGCUCCAAGCCCAACAGCCUCUCGUUUGUGGUCGCCGGUGCCUUCACCUUGCUGGCCGUUGCAUGCCUCGUCUACUCGUCCGGCAUGUACUUUUACCGCAGCCAGGCGAUCCGCACGCGGCGUGCGUCGGCCAAGUUCUACGAUCGCGUCGGUCCGUCGGUGCUGUGCGGCGCCCUGCUGGUGGCCGUGAUGCUGAACUUUGCCUUUGAGGGUCGGUCACGGAAGUUGUGGUGA